CCGGCUGCUACUUUGUGAUUCAUUGACGUGUCGGAUAACUUUUAUUGCCUUAUCUUUCUUUGUGUUUCAAACAUUAUGAACAGGACACAAUUGAAAAGGUCGAAAAUUCUCAGGAUGGCCCUUGUCGGGUCUGACUCGGACGGGAAAACGGAUACAUUUCUACUGGAAGCCAUAAAAAUAACCUUGGUUGUGGCUCUGUAUUGGUUUGUUUCAAUUACCAUGGUUUUCUUAAAUAACCAUUUGCUAGACAGCAAUGAUCUCGACGCUCCUUUAUUUGUCACCGCCUUCCAGUGCCUUAUCACUGUACUGCUUUGCUGGGGUAUGAGCGUUUUGUCUAGGUCGUGUCCAGGUGCCAUCGACUUUCCAUCGGUAAAAUUCGACCACAAGAUCUCGAGAGAGGUAUUGCCUCUGUCCGUAGUGUUCAUCGGAAUGAUUGCCUUCAACAACCUGUGCUUGAAAAAUUUGGGAGUCGCGUUCUACACUGUUGGGAGAUCCCUCACCACAGUCUUCAACGUCAUACUUUCCUAUGUGAUACUCAAGCAAACCACGUCAUUUUACGCACUUUUGUGUUGUGGAGUCAUUAUUGGGGGCUUCUGGCUGGGCGUAGACCAGGAAGGGGCAGGGGGGUCUCUUUCCUGGUCUGGAAUUAUGUACGGGGUACUGGCCAGCGUGUUUGUGUCUCUCAAUGCCAUCUACACUCAGAAGGUGCUGCCGGCAGUGAACCACAGCAUAUGGAAGCUAUCCUACUACAACAACCUCAAUGCCUGCUUCCUCUUCAUCCCCCCGAUCCUCGUAUUCGGCGAAGUGCCCAAACUGUGGCAUUUCAGCAGACUGUAUGAUCUCAGUUUCUGGGGCAUGAUGACAGCGGGCGGCGUGUUCGGCUUCGCCAUCGGCUACGUCACGGGCCUCCAGAUCAAAUUCACCAGCCCGCUGACUCACAAUGUCUCCGGCACGGCCAAAGCCUGCGCGCAGACCGUCCUGGCGGUCGUGUACAACGCCAGCGCCAAGAGUGGCCUGUGGUGGACGAGCAACACCAUGGUGCUGGCCGGCUCUUUCGCCUACACCUGGGUCAAAGGGAGGGAAAUGAACCUAGCUCCGGCGGAAACGCAGCCGAAAAUGAAAAAUGAGAAAAAUGACUCCGGUGUGUAGAGCUGUCCUCUACGGAGCCCCCCGAGGCACCCGCGGUGUGAAAAAAUAAUGUCAAUGAGGAAAUCUGCAGUCUCGGUUUUACAACCUGUGUGCUCCGUUUCCUACUCUUUGCCCGUUGUGUGCACUGCUUUCGAGCGAGGUCGCUCAGGUUUAUAAAUCCGUUUGUAAAUAAGGGGUUCGUUGCAGGAAAAUCAGACGUGGCUGAUUUUCUACAUUUCUAAUUUAGCUACAAUUCACACUGGAGUUCACCGGGUAAACAUUAAAAUGAUAUGGUAGGAUACAAGAACCCGUGGUAGCCUAUAUCAUCAUGACUAUUGCCAUGGCUAAGGAGCCAUGUUAGGCAUGAAGCAGAGAACCAACCAAACCACCUAGCCAUGCCAUGAUAUAUGGCGCGUUCCAUUUACCUCGGAAGUCGGAAGUCGGAGCUGGGAAUGACGUCACACCCGAGUUGACCGCAUUCCAGUAAACAACUCGGAUAACCAAGAUGGACGCCUCCAGUGCUAUUGUUGCUAUCGUUGUAGCCAUUGUUAGCAAUACCAGUUGAAAACACCACAUUACAUGGUAUUCUAUACAUACAAACACCGUAGUAACAUGUCCACAGAUAGACGUUGGACAGUACUACGUAUACCACUUAUUUAAUUACACAAAAACAAAACAGAAGUGCUAAAUAAUACAUUACGAGAGAUUUUAUUAACCGUUGACGCACGGAGCAGCCAUCUUGGAUUUCUAACUCGGGGUUACUCGGUCCUUCCGACUUUCCCAGUCGGAAAUCCCACCUCAGGGGGCGUUCCAGUUGAAAUGUCCGACUGGGAACUCGGAAAUUCCGACUUCCCAGUACAAAUGGAAC